AUGGAUCCCAUUUCUGGACUCCAGCAAGUGAAGAAAUAUUAUCCAUUCAUGACUUGUAUUGUGAAGGUGAAUACGAAAACUCAAUGGCCAAAGACCGUUGCAAAAAUUUUGAGCAAGAUUCAAGGGGUACAAAAUUUCAGAAUGGAUCUUGAGGGACAUGUUGAAAUUUCUGGUACAGUGGAUCCAGAUUUACUCUUAAAAUUGCUUGGAAAAUCAGGGAGAAAAGCACGAUUAUGUUGGUUCCAGUAUGGAGAGUGUUCAAGCAAUUUAUUUAUGUCGAAUCGCACAGCCAAUGUAGCGCCUGAAAGCUAUGGACGAUAUAUCCAAAAUGGAAAUCCUCCUCGACCCAAGCUGCCAUCAAAUGAUGAUCGCAAUCCCAAACAUGUUGAUCCCAACUCUCAUGACCGGAUGCUGAAUUUUGAGCGUGCUCAUGAGCAUUUGCAUGAUCACAAGCCGCCGCCGCCGCCGUUGUCGCUUGCUCCGAGAACGAAACUUCCGCCUCGUGCGCCACCCGACACUCGUGAUCAUACGCUGACUUUCGAGCAGGCUCAUGAACACUUGCAAGAUCUUAAGUCUUUGCCCCCUCCACCGAGAACUAAUGCUAAUUCGGAACCUGGCCAGCUUUCGGCGCUUCGUGUGCCACCCCUUAGCGGUGAAGACAUCAACUGCUGCAACUUGAUGUGA